AUGUCUGAGCCCCUGUGGGUCCCCAGCCCAGAGCCUGGCCUGGUCCUGGUGGUCUCUGCUCCUGGCCUGCUCCGCCUCCAGAUCCUUGGCCUACGAGAUAGGACUAAGGUCGGCAAGCGUCAGGGUGUGGGACUGCUCGCGCUCCGAGGGUCCGGCCGGUGGCCUGAGUGCCAGCUGCGGCCCACACGCUUUGGCACUGGUGCAGCUGUGCGGGCCCGAGACGUCCACCAGAGCCCAGCCGCCGACCGCCCGAGCAGUGCCCAGCCCUCAGUGCCCAAGGCCGGAGCCGUGGUCCCCAAGCCCGCUGCGUUCCCAAGCAGCCGCGGAGAGUAUGUAGUGGCCAAGCUGGACGAUCUCAUCAACUGGGCCCGCAGGAGCUCCUUGUGGCCCAUGACCUUCGGCCUGGCCUGCUGCGCGGUGGAGAUGAUGCACAUGGCUGCGCCCCGCUACGACAUGGACCGCUUUGGCGUGGUCUUCCGCGCCAGCCCACGUCAGUCCGACGUCAUGAUUGUGGCCGGCACGCUGACCAACAAGAUGGCCCCUGCGCUUCGCAAGGUGUAUGACCAGAUGCCGGAGCCCCGCUAUGUGGUGUCCAUGGGGAGCUGUGCCAACGGCGGAGGGUACUACCACUACUCAUACUCGGUGGUGAGGGGCUGUGACCGCAUCGUGCCUGUGGACAUCUACGUCCCAGGCUGCCCGCCCACGGCAGAGGCCCUUCUCUACGGCAUCCUGCAACUUCAGAGGAAGAUCAAGCGGGAGAAGAGACUCAAGAUCUGGUACCGCAGGUAG